UCUCUCUACUUCUCUCUCAAUCUAGAGAGAGAAAAUUGAGAGGAGAGGAGAGAAGAGAAGAAGUCGGCUGUUUGUAGCAGUAUACCAUUAGAUGCAGAGGGAGCAUGGAGCCAAACAGAAAGUCUGUUUCGCCAUUAAUGGCUCUCCCACUCACCUCUCUCUCUAGAAACACAUAGCCAAGAUCAUCAUCAUCAGCAACCAUAUUAGUGAAUUAAGAGGAAAUCAAAGCAGUAGCAGCCCAGGAACAGCAUCAUCAAAGCAGUAAGAGAGGGUAGUUUGCAAGUGGUGCUAGUGUCCAAGGCGCCAUCACGAACUAGAGUCCUAGAUAGAGCUAGAGGUCAUGCAUGGGGUAGUUGCUGGUGUGGAAGAGGAAGAGAGAAAGUGAGUGAGAGAGAGAGAGGUGGCGCCUUGGCUGCUAGCCUCAUAGAGUCAAAGAGUAUUUAGGACCUUGCAGCUAUGGCUAUAGAUAGAUAGAGGCACAUACGCAUACGUAUAUAGCUUGCUACCUUGCCUUCUCUGUGUAUGUUUCGGCGUGUGUUCUUCUUCUUCUCUUCUUCCUCCUCUCGAUUCUGAAGAGGUUAGCUUUGAUUUGAUCGAUCGAUGAUGAGCGGGAGCGAGAGCCAGCAGGAGAGGGAGCAUCGUCAGCAGCAGGAGAUGAACAUCUCCUUUGGGAUGAUGAUGAACCAUGGCCACCAUCACUACGGACAGCAUCAGCAGCAGCACCAUCAUCAUCCGCCUCCGUCAUCGUCUUCCUCUUCCUCCAUGCAUGCCGCUGCCGCAAGCUUCAUGAGCAGCAAGGAGGCAUCUGCAGGAGCUUAUGAUCAUCUGGGGGAGCUGGACCAGGCCUUGUUCAUGUACCUGGAUCAUGGCAGCCAUGCGGCGUCGCACCAAGAACAAAGGCAGACCCUCAACAUCUUCCCUUCCCAGCCCAUGCAUGUGGAGCCAUCACCCAAGGGAGAGAUUAGUUUAGUGCUGUCCCCAGCAGCUGUGGGAACCAAGAUGGCGAGGUCACCUGAUCAUCACCACCACCAUCAGCAGCAAGCAGCAGCAGCCAUGGAGGAGUUGGCGACAGGGAGCAGGAGACAGGAUCACCACCACCUGCAGCACCAACCUUUCGCUGCUGAGCCUGCAGGGAUCAACAGGGAUGUGAAGCCGGUGACAGCCAAGAAGGAUCACAGGAGGGGUGUAUCUACUGGUGAACGCGACCCAAAGACGCUGAGGAGGCUAGCCCAGAACAGGGAGGCAGCAAGGAAAAGCAGGCUAAGGAAGAAGGCUUACAUCCAGCAGCUGGAGUCCAGCAGGAUCAGGCUUGCUCAGCUCGAACAGGAACUGCACACCGCGAGAGCCCAGGGGGUGUUCUUCCCCGGCAGCGGCGGGCUGAUCGGCGAGGGAGGCAGCGGGAAGGGGGUCCUGCUGGGCGGGAUCGAUGGCGUCGGCGGCGGCGGCGGCGGGGGGCUGAGCUCGGAGGCGGCGAUGUUCGACGUGGAGUACGGGAGGUGGCAGGAGGAGCACCACCGGCUGAUGUACGAGCUGCGGGCGGCGCUGCAGCAGCAGCUGCCGGAGGGGGAGCUGCAGGUGUACGUGGAGAGCUGCCUGGCGCACCACGACGAGGUCGCCGCCAUCAAGGACGGCGCCAUCAGGGGCGACGUCUUCCACCUCAUCUCCGGCGUCUGGAUGAGCCCAGCCGAGCGCUGCUUCCUCUGGCUCGGCGGCUUCCGCCCCUCCGAGGUCAUCAAGAUGCUGGUGGCGCACGUGGAGCCGCUGACGGAGCAGCAGAUCGUGGGGGUGUACGGGCUGCAGCAGUCGGCGCUGGAGACGGAGGAGGCGCUGACGCAGGGCCUCGACGCGCUCUACCAGUCGCUCUCCGACACCGUCGUCUCCGACGCCCUCAGCUGCCCUUCCAACGUCGCCAACUACAUGGGCCAGAUGGCCGUCGCCAUCAACAAGCUCUCCACCCUCGAGGGCUUCGUCCGCCAGGCUGAGAACCUGAGGCAGCAGACGCUGCACCGGCUGCAGCAGGUGCUGACGACGAGGCAGAUGGCGCGGUCGCUGCUCGCCGUCUCCGACUACUUCCACCGCCUCCGCACCCUCAGCUCCCUCUGGGUCACCCGCCCCAGGCACCCGCCUCACGACCACCAGCCGCCGCCGCACUCCGCCGCCCCCCACACCUGAGAUCACCGCCGCCGGCAACGCAUGCAAACACCGUAGCUCUUAGCUAGCAGCUUAGAGAUAUCGAGAGAUCAGAAAUUAAGCGAUCGAUCGAGAGAGGACGACGACUGUGAAACCCCCCAUGGAAUGGAUGGAUGGAUGGAUGGAUGAACCGAUGUGUACUGUGUUUGGGCAUUAACCCUUUGAUGUAAACAAAGUAGGCGUGUUUGACUGCUUGGUCGAUCGAUCGAGAUCUCUGUCGAUAGGAUCUUGAAUUAGCGGAUCUUACCUCAGCAGCUGGUUCAUCAAGUGUUGAUGCAGCUCAAUCAAA